GAGGAUAAAGCCCGGCGCUGGAGCCGCAGAGAGCUCACACACGCCGCCUCUUUCCAGUGGCCGAUCCCCCCAGCCCAGCCCGGCCCCGCUCCCCAGCGCUGCUGCGUCUGAGCGCGUCCUUCUCGCCCCUUGUGCGGAGCCUGGGAGCUGCCAGGGGCCCGGAGUCUUGUUAAGUUCCGUGGAGCUCAGAUCACAACGGGGUGGGGGGAUCGUGGGGGUCGCCUGCUGCAGUCCAAAGCUAUUCCUGAUUGCCGUCUCGAACCCUGAUGCUUUUUGGAAUGAGCGCGUGUGGCAGGAAGGCUCUGACUCUGCUCAGCAGCGUGUUUGCUGUAUGCGGUUUGGGGCUCUUAGGAAUUGCUGUUAGCACCGACUACUGGCUUUACCUGGAGGAAGGAAUCAUCCUGCCCCACAAUCAGACCACUGAAAUCAAAAUGUCGCUGCACUCUGGUCUCUGGAGGGUCUGCUUUUUGGCAGGUGAGGAGCGUGGCCGGUGUUUUACUAUAGAAUACGUCAUGCCCAUGAACGUCCAGCUGACGUCUGAAUCAACAAUCAGUGUUCUAAAGAUGAUUCGUUCUGCUACGCCUUUCCCUUUGGUCAGCCUCUUUUUCAUGUUCAUCGGGUUUAUACUGAGCAAUAUUGGACACAUUCGGCCUCACAGAACCAUCCUGGCCUUUGUAUCAGGAAUCUUCUUCAUUCUGUCUGGUUUAUCUCUGGUUGUGGGGCUGGUGCUGUACAUAUCCAGCAUUAACGACGAGAUGCUGAACCAGACCAAGGACUCAGAGACUUACUUCAGUUAUAAAUAUGGAUGGUCAUUUGCUUUCUCUGCUCUCUCUUUCCUUCUCACAGAGAGUGCUGGUGUGAUGUCCGUCUACCUGUUCAUGAAACGAUACACAGCCGAGGAGAUCUACAGGCCCCACCCCGGCUUCUACCAUCCCCGUCUUAGCAACUGCUCUGAUUACUCAGGGCAGUUCUUGCACCCUGAUGCCUGGGUGCGCGGACGCAGCCCCUCUGAUAUUUCCAGUGAUGCAUCUCUCCAGAUGAACAGUAACUACCCUGCCCUGCUCAAAUGUCCUGAUUAUGAUCAAAUGUCCUCCUCCCCAUGUUGAAUGGCAAUUAACCCCAUUGCCUACUUGGGAUUAAGAGCAAGCAGCUGCUGUGUCCUGACUCAGUUUGUCAUUUUUAGGCCACUCUUUCAGGACAAUCCUCUAUUUAUAUGAUCAUAGAUGGUGUUAAUCAUUGCCUAGAGAGUGUGGUAGGUUUUUGGGUUUUUUUAAAUGAUGCUUACUCUGCAUAUCUGAAAUACAUCUAAGGUCCUGAUCCCCCAGCCAUUCCACACACCCAACAAGUAGUAGAUUUGGAUGUGGAAUAGAUCCAGGACUGGGUUUAGGGAGGGUUUGAUAUCAAAGAACCACCAGUAGCAAAAAUGCAUUUCAUGGUAGGUGGCACAAGCUUGUGUGUUUGUAUCAAUUUGCUGUAGAUUUAUUGGCAUGAACGAUACAUGUACAUUUCUAAGUAAUGGUAUUAAUUAGAAGAGUAAAAAUUGCAUCUUGAUUUGACAUUCACAAUGAUGGACCAUCAUUUCUGUGUAUCAUUUCUAAGUAGGCCAUAAUGAUCGGUAGCCAUCCCUCCCAACUAUACCUCAGGGGAUUUUCAGAGGUCUAUAAUUACGUUAGGUUCCCACUGACUUUCUGUAGGAGCCAAGACAUUCAUUUAGGGCAUUUGGCAAAUCAUGUCCAAAAACCAUUUAUGUUAGACCUCCCUCCAAUACGGCUUUGAAAACUUUUGACAUCAGAAAGGCAAAUUCUUGAAACAAGCGGUCAGAUUCUCUGCUGAUAUAAACUGUCAUAGCUCCGUGGAAGUCAAUGGCACUCUGCUAAUUUCCCCCAACUGAAGAUCUGGUGGCAAAUUUUAUAUUUUACAGAAAAUAGUAUAUUAUUUCAAGCUUGAUUAAUUUUGCAGCGGACCUUCGUUGGGGACCUCAUUAUUCAUGAAAAAGUCAAUGUUAUACACUUUGGUCUUGGAGGACUGAGAGCUACCAAGAGAUGAAUAUCAGUCCAUUUCUAAAUUUAGUUUGGGGAACUGAAGGUGAAAAUCUAUAUACAGUACUGUUGUAAAAAAAUACAAGAUUAUUGAAAGAACGGUGUCAAAAUGUAUGGUUUCUACUCUUGUUGUUUUAACAGCCUCAGAAAAUGUCCGCAUCAGAAAAUCCUGCAGGUGUUUUUUGUAUAUUAUAUUUUAAUUUAAAGUUUGAUUGUACUAAAUGUAAUGCACUGACUUUCAGCAUCAUUACAAUGUAUUUGUAAUGACCCUUGUACUAUUUUAUCAUUACCAUAUAUACUCGAUCAUAAGCUGGUUAGUUUAUAAGCCGACCCCUCCCCCCCAAGAUGGAUAAGUAAAAAUGGAAAAUUUUUAGAAUCCGUUCAUAAGCUGACCCUAUAACUCAAGGGUCAGCAAACUUUGGCUCCUGAGCCAUCAGGAUAAGCUGCUGGUGGGCCGAGAUGAUUUGUUUAUCUUGAGCGUCCGCAGGCACGAUGGUAAACCUAAGUAAAGAAAGUGUCCCAGUGUGGCAGCUGCUUACCCUGACGGGCUGGGACGGCAACUGGUGGGGAAAUGUUUUUGGGGAGCCACAGCCUGCUCAGGGGGGGCGUGGCUGAGCAGCACAGCUGCAGCCCGCCAGGAAAGCAGCGUGGGCAGAACUGGAGAGACGCUGGCCUCGCCUCUUCCCUUCUGUCUCUGCUGGCUGUGCUGCCUCUCCCUGCUGCCUCUGUUGGAGGGAGGGACUGUGUCCCACUUCUUCCCCUCUAUACCCGUUCAUAAGCUGACCCGCUUCUCUGGUGCUUCCCUUUUUUACUAAAAAAAUUCGGCUUAUGAUAGAGUCUAUACAGUAUUUACCAAAUAUUCCAAAAUAUGAUCCCAGUUCUGUAUCAGGAUCCAAUAACACAGACCCCUGUGCCCAUUGAGUUCUGUGGGGCCCCUGCACAGAUAUAUGGGUCUGUGCUUGCCGAUCUGACGUAGUAUCAGGGCUAAUUCUAUCCACCUAUUCCAGAUAAGAAAUGUAAUGUAUAUACUGUCGCCUUUACUCCUGAAUAAUUUGCUUUAUUUUAAACUAGGGCAUCAUUUUGUACACUCCAGAAUUUGUAAAUAUGGUUAUUUAUCUGUAAGUUUUUAUAUUCUCUCACUUAAGGCAUCUGUUUCUCAUUUUAAAAAUAAUUUAUAUAUUUAUGUAAUAGAUUUGGUUUUAGGCAUCUUUAAGCAUUAAAAAACAACAACAGAACCCUUACAUUAGAGCUUGAUAUUCAUUACUAUAGAUAGAAGAUGACCUGCUCAGUCCAGAUGAAGGGUUUAAAAGCUGAGCUUCUUUUAAUGUGUGGUGUUGCAAUGUGCAAAUAUAUAUAGGCCUGCAAACACAUAUGCUCGUUGUCAGGAAAACAUCCCUUUUCAGAACAGUUAUUAAGCAUCUUCUUAAAUUCCAUCAAAGUCCCAUUGGAUGGGUCUUCUUCAUGUGCUUAGUGUGCUCUUGAAAGGCAUGGACUUCAGCACAUGCUUAAGCGCUGUCGUGAAUCAAGGCCAAGAGUAAUCUCAUAGAAGUCAAUGGGACUACCCAUGUGAUAAAGUUUUCCAUGUGUAUAAGUGUUUGCAGGGCCUGAGCUCUGUUAGGGAGCUAGGCUAUAAUCAGGUACAGUAAUGAUUCAUGCCUUUGCCAUUUUGCCCACUGUUCAGUUUUCAGACUUUAAUUUUCAAUCUUGUUCAUGUUUGGUUAGACUCUCAGUAUACUGAGAGCAUUUAGAAUAGAACUGUUUUUACCGAUGCAAUGUUUAUAAAUUGAUUAAAUAAGUUUGAUGGUAUUUA